CCACCUACGUGUUGCCAACAUAACUUUCAACGUUAAUUAAAGUGUUAAAAAUAAGUGGUGUUUUGAAAGUGGGGAAGAUAAAAAGAUUAGGAAUCGAGUAUUAACGAAUGUAUCAACCCCACGAAUACAUUAAACUCGCGAUAUAUUCGAUCGCUAACUCAAGGUCAUCACACAUAAAGCGUCGUUGUCAUCCGGUGUGGGAUUGAGAUGAUUUUGGGUUAACCUCGUUCGGUUUUACGCAAUUUGAUAAUCACGGGAUUAGUUAAUCGAUGAUUAUCAAACCGUUUGGUUCGAUUUUGUAUAAAUAGAACAAUAUAUUCGAUUAACUAACAUGUUGUUAACCUAUAUGUGUCAAUUGUGCAUUGGGUUGCUAAUUUAAUUUAUUUUUGGUUGGUAAUGGAGAUGUUUAACAGAUCGUAGUGUUUUCAGAGAAACAGUUCCACCCCCCACUCAGAGAUGGCUCUCUUAUGAUUUUUAAAAAUUUUUUAGGUUAAUAUGAAAGGCAAAAGAUGCCCAAAUUUUACAAAUGCGGAAAAAGCCGCGCUUAUAGAAAUAACUGGGAGAUAUAAAGCUAUAAUUGAUAAUAAAAUGAACGAUACCACAUCGCUUCAAAGAAAAUCGGAAGCAUGGAUAAAUAUCACAAGAGAUUUUCAAGCUGAGAGUGGACCCCGCGACAUGACUAGUUUAAGACACCUUUAUUGCAACAUCAAGCGAAACGCUAAAAAAGAACUUGCCGAGAAACAGCCAUUAGCUAUAAGAACUGAUUUAUUCCCAACGUUAUUUAAAAUAGAAAAUGAAAGUGAUGAAAGUAACGAAAGUGAGAUUAAACGGCCCCGAAAUAGGAGUAGUAAAUUUACACAAGAAGAAGAAUUAAAUUUAGCUUUAGAGAUAGAAAAAUUUAAAGAUAUAAUCGAGUGCAAAAUGACCGACAAAAUCACAAACGCGGAAAAGAACGAAGCUUGGAUUAAAAUCGAAUCCGCGUUUAAUACAAAGAGUAAGACUCAACGGACGAUUCAACAAUUAAAAUUUAAAUACGACCAUUUCAAAAUGAAAGCGAAAAAAACGUUUGCAGAUUCAUCAUCGAUUAAUACAAAUAAAGACCCGGUGAUGGACGUGGUGUUACGAAUAAUCAAUAAAAGUCACAUCAUUGAUUUUGAUACAUCUCGAGAUCCUUUAACGCUAAAUGAAUGUGUAUCUGAAAAUUCUGUUGAGAAUUCAGUAUGGGAUGAGGAAGAAUUAGAUAUAAAGGAUACCGAGAUAACUAUAACGAAUAAUAAUGGAACAUCUGAGGAUAUAAUUAUCGAACCGGAAAAAUUACAAAGAUUGGUGGAUAAUAACGUUCAAUUGGGUUCAAUCAUACCCGCAGAAAAUAAGACACUUAAAAAGAAUUGGAGUACGUUGGAAUACCGUAAACCAAAACCGCCGAUUUCGAAAAAAUUGCGUCACAUAACUAGUCGCCAAUCAAUGAUGGACGAUUAUUACAGGAAAAAAACCGAAUUGAUGUGUGAACAAAUAAAGAAAACCGUCUUAGAACGAGAGGAAAUAUUAAGGAAAAGGAAAAGGGACGAAGAAGAACACGAAAAAAAGAUGAUAAUAUUAGAUUUGGAUAUCAAGUUAAAACAAGAAAUGUUAUCGGAACAAUAAAUGUUUUGAAAUUUAAA